CCUUAGUGAAGCAUUGACAAUGACGGUACAAAGACCUGUUUCUACUUUUAUCUGUAGAAAACCUUUGCUGUUUUGGAGGCUAAUUUAGAUUCUGGACAUAGUAACUUGAAAUUGCUCGAUGGAGAAAUAUGAAAAACUGGCCAAAAUUGGCGAGGGCUCCUACGGUGUGGUGUUCAAGUGCAGGCACAGAGAAACGGGCCAGAUAGUUGCCAUCAAGAAGUUUGUGGAGUCUGAAGAGGAUCCCGUCAUCAAAAAGAUUGCACAGCGAGAAACGCGUAUGCUUAAGCAGCUUAAACAUGUGAAUUUGGUCAACCUGUUGGAAGUCUUCAGGAGAAAAAGACGGCUGCAUUUGGUGUUUGAGUUCUGUGAACAGACGGUCCUCAAUGAGCUGGACAAACACCCCCAAGGGGUCCCGGAGGCUCAGCUGAAAAGCAUCGUGUGGCAGACUCUGCAAGCUGUGAACUUCUGUCACAAACACAAUUGCAUCCACCGUGAUGUAAAGCCAGAGAACAUCCUCCUCACUAAAAGUGGCGUCAUCAAGCUGUGUGACUUUGGCUUCGCCCGCAUUCUGACGGGACCAGAGGAUGACUACACAGACUACGUGGCGACCCGCUGGUACCGGGCCCCGGAGCUGCUGGUUGGGGACACUCAGUAUGGACCCCCUGUGGAUGUUUGGGCUGUUGGAUGCGUCUUUGCAGAGCUUCUAAGCGGGAAUCCUCUCUGGCCCGGGAAGUCUGAUGUGGACCAGCUGUAUCUCAUCCGAAAAACUCUCGGUGACUUGAUCCCUCACCACCAACAGAUUUUCCGUUCCAAUGUUUUCUUUUCUGGAGUCAGUAUUCCUGAACCCGACACAACGGAACCGUUGGAAAGGCGAUUCUAUGGCGCGCCUCUCCAAGCUCUCAUGGUCAUGAAGUCCUGCCUGGUGAUGGACCCGUCCCUGCGGCUGUCCUGUGAGGAGCUGCUGGAGCUGCCAUACUUUCAGGGUGAGGGCGGGGCCAACUGGGGCCGUGAAGUGGAGCGCCCUGGGAGAAGACAUGACAAAGCGUCCCGGCGCAGACAAGCUGGGGUCCAGUAUUUUCCUCAGUUACCUAACAGUAACGUCUCACCGGCCCCAGAUGUCAAGAAACUAGUAAAACAUAAAUAUCACCUGCCCAACAUUUAAAAUAAAACAUCCACAACUUUAUCUUCAGCCGUUUAUAAACUGAUACUCCGUGUUCCUGUUUUCUGCUGCAUCCUGGCAGGUUCACGUAAAACAUUGUUCUUAUUGUUCUGAGUCUUUUACUCUAGAAAAAUGUGAGACUUUGUAUUGUUAAUCAAGAACACAUAGAAUAUGAAGCAGUACAGAAUGAUGUGAACUACAUGUUUAACUUGUUGCUGACCUGUUGAAGUCUUGAUUAAGGUUAAAUAAAACCUGCCAUGACAGCUGAUCCUCUAA